AUGCCACUUUCGUUAAACAUUACGAUAGCCGUUGGAGACAACAGUUUUUCUACCAGGUCAGUUUCCCACAACGGUCCCGAUCCCCGGUGGGGCAAGGGAAGGUCAGAGGGUUUUUCUUCACGAAUCCGUCUCGUUGGCGACUCCCAUCAUUCGGUGUUUGCUUCAACCCAUUUCUCGUUGAACAAGCAUACCUCGUACCCGCCCAGAACCGCGCCGCAUCUUAUUGCCAACCUCCUUAUAUUUUACCGGGGUACACUGCGGUGUUGUUUGUUUACAGUAAACUCGUUCGAAUUUGGAGCUGCUUCGGUGCGGACCGGAAGGCUCGGCACUUUUCCUUUGGGCCAUUGGCACGUCACGAUCAUGAAAGUCAAGUCAAGAAAGUAUCGUCAAGGAAAAACGCCAGCUACAUUACUAGCACUGGCUGCUUCGAUGAUUGCCAUUUCGGGCCGUGUUAUUCUUACGAGUACGAGAAUGCCCACGAUGGACUACGACGGAAGCGGGGAAACGCGUGUACUGCUACGGAAGGAACCAACGCAAGGGCCAAUGGCGCCAUCGCAGCGUCGGAAUCUGUCGACAUUAGCCGUUGCUGCGCCGGCUGAAAACCACAGCACAAAAACUACCGAGACUAGUUUGUGCAACACGCAAAGCCGGAUUUCUUCCGCCGUUGACCCGGGCGAUGAAUCGUUUUCGGAUCCGAUGGCACAGCAGGCCACAGACAGCACGUUCUCGGCCUGUAUUCUCUUCAUGGACGAUAACCCUCGUCUUGUGGAAUGGAUGGCGUACCACUACUACGCAUUGAACCUUCGCGAAGUUGUCGUUGCCGUCGAUCGUCGGAGUAAGACGAGUCCCUGGGACUCUCUGAGGAGGUGGACUCCCUACAUGAACAUUACUGUCUGGAACGACGCCGACUACGGCUAUGUUGUCGACGACGACAUUGCAAUCAAGGGAUCGGUUGCCCAAAAGACAGAUGCACACAGAGACCGACAGCGAUUCUUCUACAGACAAUGCACCAAUCACUUGAAGCGUCGACACCGUACAUGGACGGCUUUUUACGAUGUGGACGAGUACAUGACCAUCGACGAACGCUUGGUAACGAAUGCCGAAGAACGAAUGGCCAAACCAGGUAGCGUAUUGCAGAUGAUCCAAGAGGUGCAGAAACGAGAUCCAGUUCCGUUCGGUUGGAGAAGGAAUUGCGUCCUGAUCCCCCGACGGCAUUUUUCGGCCGCGCCGAGCCAUCCCGAAGAAGUGAGCAAGCUUGUUCCAUCUGUCGUAAACGCAGACCAGCUGGAAACACUGCGGUGGAGGUAUCGCACUGAAGGGGGGACGGACGGCUAUCCCAAGUCAAUAGUGGACGUGUCAAAGAUUACGGUUAAAGAAACAACGAAGUUUGACAUUCACAGGGUCGUCAGCGAUGCGUGUCCCAAGCCAAGGGCCGGUCACACAUUCCUUACCAUUCAUCACUAUUUGGGCGACUGGAAUCUAUACUCGUACCGAGACGACGCCCGAAAAGGAGCCAGGAGAAGUAGACAUGUGUGGGAGCUUCGAGCAUUUCGAACCGAGGGUGGGACUACUGACCAAAUCCGACCAUGGAUCAGCGGUUUUGUAGCAGCCAUGGGAGAGGAUCGAGCUUCGUUGCUCUUGAAAGAUGCUGGCGUUCUGGCCAUUUUGAAUGUCACCAACGAUGAAGAUUCGAAAUGGGAUGUUGAAAUUGGUCAGCUUAUGGACGAUCUUCCCAAGAAGGAUCGUGAUUUCCUUCAGCGUCUUCACACACGUUUCAAUGUGUCCAAAUCCGUCGUCUCUUCGGUCAAAUGA